CAUGUGUAUGUGUGGGAGAGCGAGAGACAGCUCGCAUCCAUUUACAACCAACUAUAAUGUUAGAGAUUGAGUCUAUCUUGGAUUAGAUUUCUGUGUGUGGGCUGUUGCUUGUUGUUCCUCAUCUCUUUCUCCAACUGGAUAAUAUCAUAACACACUUCAUGAUUCUUGUGGGGCUUUAGCCAGAUUGGCCGACUGCCACUGAAGUCCCCACCACCCCACAUGCACAGACGCACAACUCAUUUUGCUUUUUCUCACCCUUCUCUUUUGCCUUUCCCUAUUUAUAUAACCCAUUCAUCCCCACUUCACUUGACAAUAGGGAAAAAAAAGGGUGAGACUCAGAGAUUAGAACUGAGCAUCACCUUGUUAUUUUUGGUGCUUAAUUAACACUUUCUAAGUAGCCUACCAAAAGAAACAGAGAGUGGUCUCUAUACUUGGAGUUGCCAUGGAAGUAGCUAUGGAAUUGGAAGAUGAUCUGUUCUUCGCAGACCUAAGCAAGCAAAUUUCUCUUCUAGUCAUGGAUGAUGAUGAGGACCCAGUUGCAAAUUAUCCUUCAGUUUCUUUCCAGGAUUUCUCAAGAGCGAAUUAUCCAAUAGCACCAUCACCAUUUAUGUAUGAGCAAAGAAGAGAAAGCAAAGGAACAGGAGUUUUCAUUCCAAGGUCAUCACAGCCAAGAAGAAAACAGAGGCAAGGAAGACAAUCUUCAUUCAAUUCCAAGUCUCAUGGGCAGCAAGAUAAUACGAGAAUGGUUUCUCGAGUUUCUUGCAACAAUUCUUUAUACUCAAGAAAGUCUAAUUAAGUCCAUACAUAUAUAUUAAGGUCUAGUAAUUGCCAAUAAGGGGUUGAGGGGAAGAGUUUAUGAAUGAUCCAUAUAUGAUGAACAUGUACAGGGAGAAAAACUGUUUACUCCUUUCCUAGCUACUUAGAUAGUAGGUCUCAAUGAGCUUCAGUCCCCAAGGAUAGAACCUCUCCAAUAAUGAAAUUGUGUGGUUGUUAUUACGUAUUGUAUAGGGAUAAGGUGGUUUUUCUAUACUAAUUAAUGUGAUUGAUUAUUUAAUUUCAUA